GAAAAGAAAAACAUGGUGGGUUGUUUAGGUAAUCUUUAUGAGAGUAUUGAACAUCUCAACGAAAUAUAUAUUCAGCCAAACCAAAACAAGAGCUCUCUUCUCAAUCCCAAAUCUCCAGUCUAUUCUACUGAUAUGCCCCUUUUGUUGUCUGAUCAUGAAUUGAAAACUCGAAGUGUUUACAUGUGCCCAUACAAGCAUUCGAAUGUGGCUGAAAUUCCAAACGUGGUUUGUCCGCAGUCCCACCAGAAAAUGACCACUGAGGUUCCUUAUGUAAACGCUAGUAGUAAUCCAGCGGGCAAAAGCACCACCGUUGCAGCUGAGAGAGGGUUCGUUAAAGCGGUAGUGACAUAUAUGGUAAUGGAUAACUUGGAGUUGAAGCCAAUGUCUACUAUUUCUUGCAUCACCAUGCUAAACAGGUUUCAUGUUAAGGAUGUGCGUUCACUUGAAGAGAAGGUUGUUGAUUUUGGCGUUGAAGAGGGUCUGAAGCUGCUGAAGGCUUCUUUGGAAUGCAAGAAUGUAUUAACAAGUAUUUUCCUUGGAAAUAAUGGGCCACAAAAAUGAAGCUGUACCUG